CUCAGUUCUGCUCAGCUUAGAAGAGCUUGGCUCAGCUCAGCACAAUUCAGCUUAGCAAGACCCAGUUCCACUCAUCUGCUCCCAGCUCAGCUCAACACGACUCUCUUCAGCUUGGCUUGGCUCAGAAAAUCUCAGCACAGUUCAGUUCAGCUCAGCUCAGCUCAGCGUGGCUCCACUCAGCUCAGAUCGGUCCAGCUCAGCUCGGCUUGACUUGGCUUGGCAAGGCACAGCGCCGCUUGGCUCGGCAUGGCACGGCUCGGCAUGGCUUGGCAGGCUCGGCAUGGCUCAGCAAGGCACGGCAUGGCUCGGCUUGGCACAGUAUGGCUCAGCACAGCACGGCACACCCGAUCCAGCCGCAGGACCCCGCGCCCUUCGCCCCCGACCGGGACUGAAUCGGGGCCGUCCCGGGGCGGAGCCACCCGCCUGUCCCCGCCCCGCAGAGCCGGGGGCUUCGUCGUGCCCCCGCCGGGCCGGGAUGGCAGCGGGACAGACGGACGGCGGCGGGACGGCGGGACAGCGGGACGCUCCGAUCCGGGCCAGGGCUCCGCAGCGCGUCCGUCCUCACUCCUGCCGGUGUCACCGGGGGUUAUUUUCCCUUCUCCCCAUUUCUCCGGAGGGGAAAAGCGAGGGGCUGCCGUUGGUCCUAAAGGCAGAGCCCACUGGCGCUGCCCUGCGCUGACCGCCCCAUGCCCCCAUAGCGCUGUGCCGUGCCCGGGGCGAUGCUGUGAGCUCCGCUCGGAUGGUCUGAGUUCCUCCCUGCCCUCCACUCCUCCUGCCCAGAUGCAGUGGAUAAUAUUCAUGUUGCUGUUAUUCAUCAGUUCCGUGGAAAUGCUGUCGCAGAACCGAUGGAAGAAGCAAGUGAGCACCGGGCUCUUGGAGAACUGCACGGGCUGCGUCCUGUGCUCGGAGGAGAACGGCUGCAUCACCUGCCACCACCGGCUCUUCCUGCUCAUCUGGAGGGACGGCAUCCGCCAGUACGGGGUGUGCGUCCACACCUGCCCCCCCGGCUACUUCGGCGUGCGGGGUCUGGAGGUCAACAGAUGCACAAAGUGCAGGUCGCCCAGCUGCGAGAGCUGCUUCAGCAAAGACUUCUGCAUGAAAUGCAAGGAGAAGUUCUACCUGCACAAAGGCCAAUGCUUCCGGCAGUGCCCCCCCAGCACAGCGGCUCAGCCCGGCACCCGCGAGUGCCAAGAAAUAUGCGAGCCGGGGCCCUGGAGCGAGUGGAGCGCCUGCACUCACGAGGGCCGGAACUGCGGCUGCAAAUGGGGUCUGGAGACGCGGGUGCGCGAGGUGCCGGGCUCCCCACGGGAGGAGGGGGCUGCGUGCCCCGCGCUGCUGGAGAGCCGCAGGUGCCGCCUGAGGAAGCACUGCCCGGGAGGGAUGCAGAGACAGCUGGAGGGCAUCACCUGGGGGAGCUGUGACAGCCAAGUCCUCAUCCUGCUCUGAGAUGUGUCCUUGGGAUAAGGCAUCGUCCUCCCCUGCCCGGUGGUCUCCCUGAUUUUAUCCAGCCCCCAUCCCGGGGCUCCUCACCACCCCUCCCAGCACCCAGCCCAGUGGCACUGGGAUGGCAGUGGGAACCGGGAGGCGGCUGAUGUCACUUUUGGAUGCAACCAGCUGGACUGAAAGCUGCUCUAAUAAAUCUCUGCUUAAUAACUGGCAGAAAGGCAGAUUGCAUGAGAUACCGAAUCUGUGAGCCUUGGAAGGAGAUCUGAGCUACCACCCCUGGCAUUGCAGAUAUUGGAGCUGCAGGUUUGCUGUGCAUCGUGCGAGGCGGUGGCAGCAGGAGGGAAGGGCUGGAGGAAGAUGAGAAUGGCUGCAACCAGGUGUGCUGGGGCUGCAGAGCCAGGAGUGCAUCUUCACCAGGGCACCAUCAGUCAUAAAUAACGCUUCAUGCUGACAGCGUGGAGGAGCUGAUAUCCUGCCCUGCUAAAGCAGCUUUGGGGUGCCAAGUGGUGAUGAUGUAGGGAAAUGUGGCUGCACCAUCCAUGGCCCUCAAGGCUGGUGGCAGUGGGAUGUUCUGCUCUGGAGCACUGUGCCGUGCACGUGCUGGAGGUGUGUGUGCACAGCUCGGUGCCCCCACCACCAUCCCUUUGUGGGAACCAUAGAUUUGGAUACACCACAUCUCAUGGGGUGACCUGAGCUGCGAGCCCUGAGGCUGCAGGGAUGGGCUCUGAGGCACAGCCAGGUGCUGGUGGGGAUCAGCUGUGGGUCUCUCCCUGAAAUAGAAGGAAGCCCCCAGUGCAUCUGCGUGCAGCCCCAGCAGCAGGAGAAGCCCCUCUGCUCCCCGUCCCCAUGCGCCCACCCUCGCUCCCAGGCUCCUGUCCCAACCAGCCGAGUGCUGCCUUAUGGGAUCCAGAUGUUAUGGGACAGCGGGUUCGCUCGACGCGCCGAGAGCUGGAGGAAGGAGCUGCCUCAUCCCAGCACCGCGCUGUGCGAUGAGAGAUUUGUGCUACCACUUCUGAGCCGGCCCCUGGAAGCGAGCAGCAUCGGAGCUUGGCCCGGGCACAAAACCAUCCACGCCACUGUAAAUCUGCCUUGUGUCCCCGCCGCGCUCCGUUCCAGACUCUUGGCAUCCGUGCCGUGCCCUUUCCUUUGUGGGUGGCAAUUGUCUGGGAGAUCAGAGCAGAAAAACAGAGCUGAGUAGGAAAAGAGAUGGAGCCCUUGGAAAGAAGCAGCAUCUCCAGUGCUGGAAUGCACCGCUGUGCUGCUUGCGCUCUGGGUGCCCACAUGGCCCGGUGAAUCCACCUGGAUUUUGGGCAGCUCCCAAAAGUUUCCUGUUCCAUUGGAUCCUGCAGGUCUCAUACUGCAUCCCGCUUUGCUUUGGGGUCUCAGCAUUGUCCCCACUGACCUGCAGACUCAGGAGCUGGAGGGACAUUUGGGGAGGCAUGGAUGUACUCAUGUCCUCCCUGUGUCCCAUCCAUGUCCCACCAACCUGUUCCCACCUCCUCACUCCUUGCACAGAGACAAGGCUCACUGCUUUGACCCCAUCACGCAAACCUAAAGGCUUUGGGGACAUUGAGGAUUUGGGUCCAGCAAUGGGUCCUUGUGCCCACACACCCAGCACUGCUCCAGGGACAGCCCUGCAUCCCCCCCAUCCCACAGAUGGGCCUCAGGAAGGAUCCAGGUGGCAGCACUCACCCACCUACAGGAGGGCCCCUGCUGCCUAUCCCCAGUAAGAAACCCCUCUAUUUCUCCUUUUUUUUUUUC